UUUUCCCAUUGGAAGCUAGAACACAAACUUCUAUGCCUGGCUGAGUUGCUCUCGCGUAUUUCUAGCCCCUUUGAUGAUCACACCUCGAUUGGAGUCAGAAAAAAAGAAGUUAAAACACUCUACGAAACCUCAUACAUCAUCAGCUCAAAGCUGCUCAACUCAAACGCCGAGCCCCACCCACGCCAUCAUACCAACUCCAACCGGCUGCUCCAUCUCCAAGUGCACCAAAACCUCUCCAAGAAAGCCAAAUUUUUUCCAUAAAUCACAGCCACGAGAACAUCACAUGCGCUCACGCCGCAAGCGGAUCGAAGGUGCGAGACCAUCCAUGUCAUCGUUGCCCGAGGACAACGCGGGCAGCGACCCACCGGUCGGGCGCGGCGACGUCGUGCUCUCCGGUGUCGUCCUCCUCUUCAUGGCCCUCACAUUCGCGUUCGUGUUGUACCACUACUUCACGGUGAGUCGCCGCGGCGCGCGGGACGGCGCGGGGGUGUCGUCGAGCGCCCAGCGCGGCACGUUCAGAGGGGGUGAUGCCGCUGCUGGCACUGCAGGCGGCCGAGGCGUUGACCCGGCGGGGCUUCGGGCGUUGCCGGUGACGGUGUACAGGGCGAAGGACCGCGCGGGCGAGGCACCGGAGUGCGCUGUGUGCCUCGCCGAGCUCGCCGACGGCGAGGUGGCCAGGUUCUUGCCCAGCUGCGGGCACGGCUUCCACGCCGAGUGCGUCGACCUGUGGCUGCGCGGCCACUCCACCUGCCCGCUCUGCCGCGUGGACGUCGACAAGACGGACGCCCUGUCUAGCCCCUCGCCGCUAGCCCUCCCUCCGGCACUGCCAGAGCCAGCAAACUACGCCACGAAUCUGCCGACGAACGUCCUGUUCUGGGGAUCCCAGGACGCGGUGAUGACAGCGAGGACCGUCGGCGGCGGUCCGUGCUCUCCCGGUGGAGCAUCGGCGGCGCUGGUCAUCGAGGUCCGGGAGACGGCACCGGCUGUGGCGCCGCCGCGUGAAAGUGAGACGGCGAAGGCGCAGGGCCUGGCGAGGCUGAGCUCGCUCAAGCGGCUGUGGAAAAGAGGGAGGCAUGAGGCGGCAGCCACGAGCUCCCGUCCUUGCCGCCGUGCCACUGCAGGUGAUGACACCGAACAAGCACCGGCGUCGCCGUUGGAUAUUUGGAAUCUUACGUAGGUGAAUUCCGCUGACAGUGAAGUGUGUUACAAGAUGAAACGUAUUUUGUACACCUUAUUAUACGGGACUGGACCUGCCACUUCCUUUCUCAUUUUGCACGAUGGACUGAGUCGGUGGCUCCAUUGAACGACAAGCAUGUACGGUAAAAACUCGGGAAUAUUACUUCAGUGCCACUGAAUAAUAACCAAAUGUCUUUGCUGCCACUGAAAAAUUUCAAGUUACUUCAUUUUAGAUCUAAUUUUAAUGCCUUAAGUGCU